AUGGAACUGAAUUACAGAUGGAUUCAGUAUGAUAGGUGGUUUUCCAAUAGAAUUAUCAUCACUGUAGGCCAGUUGAGAGAUGAUUUGUCUUUCCCUUUGCACGAUUCAGCAAAUCCCUUCUUCUACGAAGCUCUCACGAAGAUCCAGCGAGGUUCCUUUCAGCUUAACGAAAACGCAAUCCGCAUUAUGAAUGAAUUUGUGAUUCCUUCAAAAGGUGGCCCUUAUCAGAUUCCGAAGUUUGCGAAGGACUAUAAUCCAGAGGAUUAUAAUAUUGAUUCAUUUUUUGCUAAUUAUUCUGAUAAAACCAUGAGCACGAGGAGGUAUCAAGAAUGGGGUAUUAAGCUCGCUCGAAACACUCUGGAAGAUUCGUCUAAAGCUCUCCUUCGAGAUGUAGACCCUUUUGGUCGUGCGAAGAAUGGUCAUCUUCGUUGGUCUAAUGACGAAGAUUGGAUGAUGUUCCCUUUGGUUGUCGAAGGUCCCUUGUACCCUACUCCUCUUCCUUGUUUGCUUAAGGAUCGCAAGAAACGGGAUCCUACAACUGAAUCUCCUGCCUAUGAUCAGAAUGAUCCCGUCAACACUCCCACUGCUGCUGGUCAUGUGAAGCGUACUCGCAGGACUUUGAAUUUAGCUGAGCUAACUCGGGUGAAAGAUUCCAAGAUAGCUUCGAGUCAACCAACUCCUCCUCCCAAGCAACAACCGACAAGCUCUCAUCAAGAUGUUAUUUCUUCUGAUCUUCUGAAGGGUGUACAUCCCUCUCUUCCUAAUAUCCCAAUUGUCGAAGUAGGGGAAUCCCCUGAAAAGCUCUCAAAGGAUACCCGUCCCAAAUAUAAGAAGAAGAUAAAUAAAGAUAAGCGAAAGCUCUACGAGGCGAAUGAUCCUACAUAUCUUCCCGAUCUUGACUUUCUGAAGGAUAUCUACACCACAGCCCAACAGAAUGAGGCCAUUAGUUCUCCUUCUAUUGGGUCUUUGAUCUCAUUCUGUACUGAUACCUUCACGGCACUCGAUCAAUCUGAGAUGGAGAAUGCUUCGCUGAACUUGUCCAUCAGUCAACACACUGCUUUGAUGGCUCUGGAGUUCAAUCGUCACUUUGCUAACCUCGUGGAGACUAGAGCAUCUUGCGGAAGACUUGAAGAGGCCAAGAUUCGCAUUCAAAAGUUGGAGAAGGAACUUGAUGAGGAGAGGAACUUCGCAAACAAGUUGGAGAAGAAGGCUGGUGAACUUCGCAGUAAGACUCCUUACUUUUAUGUGCCUCUUCUUUGCCUUAGAUUUAUCUUCGUUAUAUUCUUAUUUCAUCUCUCGUCAAGCUCGGUGUAUGAAACGUCAAAUGGAUGCCAUUGAAGCGAAAGAUUUGGUCGAAGAUAUUCGUGG